GAAGAGACCUAGGUUGAGAACGGGUUUGCCGAGGGCUUCGCCUCGGAGUCAGCGUCGCUGGCGGACUCGAGCUUCGACUCUUCCCCUUUCGCGCCGCCUCCGUUCGCUCCGCUGUCGGGGCGCGGGGAGCGCCGCCGAGGAGAGAUAGAUUCGAACGCCGCGCUCCCAGGUGUGCGUCGACGAACGCGGAUGGGUGGGCUGCUCCUCCGUGUUUUGGCGAGGUGGAUGACGACGACUCGGACCCUUCCCGAACCCGCUUCGGACCUCCUCGGCUAAAGUCCGGAUGUUCUCGUCGGCGUCGUGGUCUUGUAACAAAGAGCGGCCGGCGGCCAACGAGCAGCAGCCCGGCGGCGGCAUGUGACGAUGUGGGCGGCCGAGAACUACGCGCCGGGCCUGAUCGCCAUCAGCGAGAGCGCCGGCGAGAACCCGCUGCAGAGCCAGCGGCCGAAAUGGCGCCGCCUGUGCCGCUACCUGGGCGUGCUGGCGUUCCUCUCGGUGCUGGGCAUCGGGCUGUGCUUCGCCAUCGCGCUCACGGUGUCCCAGCCGCCCGGCCGCGCCUCGUGGGAGUACCUGCUCAUCUCGAGCCCCAUCGUGAUCCCGGGCCUGCUGGCGCUCUACCUGUGCACGCGCCGCUGCUGCGGACUCAUCCUCAACCUGGUGUUCGCCUUCCUGGCGCUGCUGUGCGGCGCCGUGUUGGUGGCCACCGAGACGCUCGCCUCCAUCGGCAUCAUGCUCACCAUCGUGGGCGGACUGAUCCUGGUCGUGAUCCUGGUGACGCUCGUCUACGACCGCGUCACGGGCCGCUCGUACGAUGACGACGACGAGGAGGGAGAGCUGGGCAGCGGAAUCGGCGUCGGCGCCGCGGGCAGCAUGCGCAACCGCAGCCUGCGGCGCCGCGCGGGCGACCUGCUCUUCGGGGACGACGUGUCCCAGAGGGCGUACCCCAACUGCGCGCCGCUGCGGCGCAGCUUUCGGCUCGCCUCGCAGAAGAAGAAGCACCACCCGCACACGCAGGUGCAGUUCAUUGUGCCCGAGCUGCCCCCGCCUUCAUCGGGGUUGCACUCGCGCAACAGCCCCGAACACGGCGUGCACACCCAGGGUUCCUCGACCGCCGCGGGAGUCGAGCGACCCGCGACGCCUGAUGGCAUGCCGCGCGGCCAUCAUGAAGCCAGCGUCGCCAGUACCAGCGGGAGGCCCGGCGGAGCCUGCGAAGCCGCACACGUCUGCACGCACGCCCCGUCGCCGCAGCCCCAACUCGUUGCCGCAGCCUCCAACGAGCAGACGUCCUGAAAAGAGCCUUGUGAACGAUGCGCGGACAGACGCUUGCUGCGGUGAAACACAGCGUUCAGAUUCUCACCUGUUACAACUCCCAGCCUUCUCAGAGGACUCGAGUUUUCUCUCUCUCGCUGUGAAGAAUUUCAGGGUCUUCGCUCGUUAACCUGUCGUGCUCUUUCGCCGCGUUUGCGAUAGACAGAAUGUUCGUGAUGUAGUCGUUGUUCCUGUUACGAGCAUUUGAUUGUCUUGGAUCUUUUUUUUUCGAAGAAAGCUAGGGUUGACUGAUAGAUUGAUUGUUACAGAGCUUAUGGUACCGGUAUCGAACUGUACCAUAAGGAGCUGAAGGCACAUACGCCAAAAGUCGACUGCUAAGCUCGUUGAAGGCACAUGUUUAGAGCGCAAUGAAGAAUCCCAGUGUCAUGCCGCCGGUGCCCACGUGUACUGCGGUUGUCUCCGUCUUCAGCGCACACGCAGUAUAUUUAUCUAUCUUCUCCACGCGGCGGCGAGCAGCAAAGCCAAGUUUCCGUUUUACAAACGGCUGCUUGCUGCAGCUGACGGAGUGUCAUGCGCAGCGCCGCGUUUGUUAGAGUUGGUCACCGCUAUAGCUUGCUGCGACGGAGCACAAUCCACAGCCUGCGAAUCAGCAAUGGUUAGUAAUUGCCACUCUUUCGCUCUCCUGCAGUCCGUCUCUGAUCCAGAGCACGUACUCACGCUGUUUUCACGUGAUUUCAAUAGUCAGAUGCUGUUUCGGCAGUACCACGCGACAAGCUCGCACGGCUUAAAGAGAGGCCUAAUCUCGGUGUUUCGUUACGUUCGGUUUGCUGCAGCGUGUGCCGAAAAAUGCAAGGUCACUGCACAAGUGAACUGUCGCCGCACCCUCGCAAAUGGGGCUCUCUAGCUCAACAGGGCUAUCUAGCUUGAUUUCUCAACGUUCGUAUGAGGAGAAUCGCUUGUUGGGGGAAUUGGCAAUUAGUACGGCUGUGAUUGAACCACAGAGAAAGUAUCAGACCUUAAGGAGAUGCACCCACGCUGACAUACGCCGGGGUGGGGUCCGCGAACGUUCGAGAGGGUCAAUACAUGUAGCACAUUUGGAAGUGGAGUGUGACAGGUGGCGAAGGGGUGUACAGAACACUACGAUGCCAGCAUGGUUGCCCGUACAAACUUUGCCCCCACAUUGCAGCACCAGAAACGUAACCGUUUGUCACCUUGCGUAGGCGUCCCCGCUGUCACUUCUGCCACCAAGCAUUUCCCAUGGUUCCGGGGAACUUUCUCCACGCAAACCACAUGACGGAGUGUUUGAGACGGAUGCCAACACUUCCACUGGACUGCAAUAGGAUGAGCAUCUUCAAGAGGGUAACGCCGGGUCUGAUCCCGCAGUAAUGAAAGACCUCCUUGAAGCUUGACCGCUAAACCUGAUAGGGACCACUGGUCACGCGUUUGAAACCCCCAGUUUAUAUUGCUUUGGAGUUGAUGAAGCUAUACAUGCUUUCUGAUAAUCUGUGUCUUGACGACAGCUGCAGUCACGCGUGCAUGACUCCGCGGGGUCAAGUGAAGAGCGUUCGUAAGCUUAAGAAAAAUACCAAGUUCAGUCUGAACCGGCUCGUGCCGUAGGUCGUAAAUCAAACGCUUGGUUUUUCUGAACGAACGUAAAAGGCAAUGUCUUUCAUUUACUAAUAACGGUGCGUCUUAAUUUACCUGACUGUAACUGUUUCGCGUCACCUGACCCAUUGCACAUGUCGAUAGACACAGUGGGCCUUUCAAACAGUGUUUUGUCUUGAGUGCGCCGAGCAUUUCAAGCUUGUCCCUGGGCGAUAAAGUAGUGUUGUGCGUAUAUCAACCGAGUAGCCGCGAGUUAUCACAACUUGCUUAAGACCUCCUGUUUCACGCGAAGCACUGAGCUAUAAUGUACAUACGAUACAUUCCUGUCCCAUGCGCACUAUAUACACGCAAUAUGAGCUGUAACGUCCCCGCGCAUACUACAACCGUCCGCCGCGAACUUUCAAAGUUUGUCCAGUGUCCAUUGUGCACACGCGGUAAAUGAAAGAACGAAUUCACAAACUGACUAUCCUACCGAAUUCAGCGACAGUUCUCCAAUAGCUCGAGUCUUGAUUUAAUACAAAAUGAACGCCGCGAAGCUUGCUCGGCCUGUAAUGAUCAAGUUCACGGAUUGACGGCGAUUACCAUGGAGCUUAGCUUGGGGGUAAGGUGUGGAGGUUGGAAGCCUUUCCUUCCGGCCUACUCCAAUUUUCUUCUACGUAUAUGUGCUAAGUUGGAGUUUCCGUGCACUGCACCCAGUAUGUUUCAUUCGUGUCUUUCCACUUUUUAUAAGUAUUCCUUCGUGCAUAUAAUGUGACAUACUCUCUGUCCUAAAGUAAGUGGAAAGGCCCGCACAGUCUCUGCGAAAGGCAUAACGCAAACCAUUCCAUGCCUUGCCGGGACAGUAACAUUCGUGGCGCGUUUGAGUCUUCUUAGACCUAGCUCUGACCUCCUAAGUUGCACCGGGUCUCGGAGGUCACGUCUUGGCAGUCAGGAAAACAAUACUACUUCUUUACUAGAGCUCUCUAAAUUCUCAGAGUGCCAGCAUUGCCUAAGAAGCACCACCGCAUGGCCUGGCGACUGCUAAGAUCAAGGCGCCGAAGCGGUCUAUGUCUUUUUUUUUUUUUGCAUAUAAUUUUCAUGGUGUGAACGACGCGUUUCUCCCUUUAAUCGGCGUCACUUUACUGAGCACUCGUGAGAGCUUUCUUUUUUGUGUGAAAUAUGUGUUAAUUCGAACAUCGCGCAUUCUUCCUUAGCAUGUGAGGGCGUUUUUCUCGAUACGGGUGCUAAUCGAGGGAUUUAUGCUAAAUGGAUGUAAUUUAUUCACUGAUCGGCUUCGAUUGUGAAAUCGGUACAUGUGCCCUGAAGUGAAUCCAUAAAGUUAUUUAGUGAAACACUGUUAUUUAGCUAACAUCACUCUAACCUUUUUUGACUAACUAAUGUCCGCCUUUUCAAUCGGUUCAGCUGAUUUGACAGUAUCGCACUUUCUGUGGCACAUGUUUCGAUAACUAUGUUCUACUGUAAAAAAGAUCACCCGGUAUUUGUGGCACGUUUUAUCGAGUACGAGUUGACUAAGUUGAUCGAGUUUCAAUCCGGCUCGAUAGUAUACUGGCCACACGCUAUCUCGGUCACGACGCCAGCGGAGCGACCGCUGCUCAUGUGCAGGGGUGUUAGGCGAGCAACUCUACAGGCCUUCGUUAUUUUUUUUUAUUUUUAUUUUUUGUAGAAAGACAAGAAACGUCGUUCUUCCCCUGUGAGUGCGGUUUCGCGUUCGUGUGCAGGACGAUGACCCCACGAUAACCGUUUUCUCUCUCGCCGAGCUGCUUCGCGUAUCUGGAUGCCACACCUGGAGGCGUUUUACGACAUGCAAAGCCGUCUUGCCGUGUCGUCGACUGGAACGACACCACGGGAGCAUCUUCAGAGUACACACUUUCAAAACCCCUGUAGUGUCGGUGUGCCGAAGCGCGCCUCUACGCACGUAGAACCAAAGGAACACCGUCAGUAAAUAUAGUCCGGACCAUCUCCUCCGUAUGCCUCGCCAACUCCUUACCGCUUCGUUUUGCUUACCGGUGUACUUUUCAACGCUUCUCGCGAGGUUGUGCCGACUGUAGCUGUUAUUCACGCAUUUCUUCUCUCAAGCGAAUCGCGCGCAGUGCUUUGUACGCGUAUACUCGUCGAAAUGGUGCGAAUUAUGUAUAUGUGUGUACGUAAGGUAUACAACUAAUAUAAACCACACGUGUACAUAAAUGCAGUAUUUAUACUCUUAGAUGACGUUCAUGAGCGCUGGUACGUUGCUUGCGUAGGUCGUGUUUGUUGCGCCGUCUGCACUGAAGAUAAGCACGAAAAGAUUCUUUCGUGCCGUGGGUGUGGUCAUGUUACCAGUGCUGAAAAUGUGCGGAUUGUAGCAUAACUUGGUCGCGUAAUCAAGAGUCUGACCGAACGCCGGUAGAAAGCAUGUCAGGAUCUGCAGGGAUCGCGCAAUGUCAAUUUUCUUUCUUCUGACAUUGGUCAGCGGAAUGUUGUCCUAAUAACAAUUUGUCCGUGCCUGCUAAGCACUUCUGAAAUUCGAGAAAGCGACACGACAUAGAUUUCUUGUUUUUUUCUUUAUUCUUUUCAAACCAAAACGCAAGCACUUCGGAUGAUCUGCAGUGCAAAUCAGGUCCGCCUCUUUCGUACUGGUCUCCCUUGUAAAUACACUGCCUGCUUUGUUCGCGCGGCGUUCCUUCCUAUAGUGGCGAAGAACCACAAGGCCUUUAGCCAAGCUACCACAGCUUGUCACGAUGGAGAGUAUUGAUUUGAGCUCAGCGUUGGCAAGUACGAUUUCACGGCGUGCAUGUUCCAUUUACGUAUGGAGAGACGCCAUUAAGCGUGCUUGUCUGCGUGCAGCACAGGCAGUUUCCCAUGCUAAGAAAUCACCUUCACGUUCCCACCAAGCAUGACCAAAUCUACGUGUGCAUUUCAACAUACUUAAAUAAAGCGUAUGACUAAAUGAUGUAACCGAGAUAAUUGCACGCAGUCUUACAACAGCAUGUGGCACCAAACCACCGCGCGUACACUUUCUCUUUGUAGGGCUGUGUUUGUUUGUCGUGAACUUUCAUCUUUCUUGAAAGAAAGAAAGAAAACCUUCACUCGUCUGGUUAAGAUGAACACAUAUAGCUGAGUGAGUAAGUGAGAAAGUACGCGUGUGGUUGAGUCUGCAAGAGAGAUUACUUGGCGGAGAUAUUAAUCACAUCGCCUCAAUUAGCUCCCGCAGCGAAAAGCAGCUUGUUGUGCAGGCAUGACUGGCCAUCCGACAAGAACGUGCAGUGUGUUCCGGGGCAGACUUAGUCCCGAUCCGUUUUUAAGCUUUAUUGUCGUCGUCUCCGUGAGGACUGUAUAGCGCUUGGUAACUGUCUCUCCUUGACUCGCUAGGGGCCAAAGCAGCGUGCACUAAGCCGCGCGAAUUACGAGGUCUACAGGUUGCGUGGAUUACAACACUCCGCCCGAGAUGUAUUAUGUGUGUAUGAUUUGUACAUAGGACACGUGUGUGUGUAGCUGAAUGAAUGCUCCGCGCAGACCCCGUAGCACCACCGGUGCCAAAAAAAAAGAAAGUGUGAGCAGAAAAAGAAAGAAGAAGAAGAAAAAAAGGAGUAAGCGUACCGCUUCUAAAAUUGUUUGGCCUACAUUGGCCCUUUUAGUUUUGCCAUUCCUCCCCAUCUCCAUCUCAUCUUUCUAUUCCACCUUUUCUGUCCCACAGUGUAGGGUAGCAAACCAGACGCAUCUCUCGUUGACAUCCCUGCCUUUUCCCUUCAUUUCCUCUUCCUCCACAAUCAGAGGCAAUUCCUGGCUAUGACAAACGUUAUGGACAAGAAACAUGGUAAAAAAGAAAUGUCGUGAGUAAUUUAGCAAACGAGUUUGUCAUCUCCACAUUGCCACGACGCACUUAGGAGUCCAGGAAAAAGGCAAUUUACCUAAAGGAGCAAUAUGAGAGAAAAUGCACCGAGUUUAUUUUCAGGAAACGCUUACUCAUGGCGUGUAGAUUGAACCUGACGCUCGAAUCGAUAUCAAGUAGCUCUCCCCACUUCCCCUCGCCCCUUCAGGGUUGAGCCGGUACUCCUGCUACAAGUUGAUGAACUCGUGACAGCGAGGAAUUAUCUACUAUACAUUAUCUACUCUUGUCCAGCGGAAAAUGUGUUCAAAUGCCGAAUACGCGAAGGCAUGUCUGUAAAUAUGUGGCGCGAAGGGCGUUGUGUAUGGGCUUCUCGUGAUCUCCAUAAAGUUCCCCAGCAUGUAAUCGCAAACUUCUUGUAAACAACACAAGGCAUACGAAGUGGUUUGUCGUUUGAAGCGGUUUGUCGUUUGAAGUGUUCGAAUCUGCCUCAUCCCUUUACAUCAAUCGCCUUUCAAACACUUACUGUUUCAAGGUACUCGUAAACCUCAUUUACAUAGCACAGCAACAAAAGAUAAAUAAAAUGAGAUGAAUGUAUUUUUGUUACUUCGUGUUCUGCACAAAAAUAUCUGGAAAACAAGAACUGUCGGGCACUUCUCACACAUUGCAGCCAUUUACGCGAGCGCGUAGGAUUAGACUGAUUUUUGACGGUGUGCAGUAUAGAAUGGAAUGCCGGGAACUCUGGUGUAAAUAUCAGCAUUCUCACUCAGCCUUCUGCAGAGCUAAUUUCGCGAAACCAUGAUGCAUAAAAAUAGGGUAGGCUGAAAAAUUAUUGCACUGUGUACUAGCUGACACCACGCAUACAGCAUUAGGUGGCACAGAGUAAAAAAGUCAUAAUAGCAGACCAUAAUUCAACAAGACCACCUCAGGCCAGUCACUAUAGUGUUUCUUUCCCAUUCCCUAAGCGUCAUUUUUUUUCUAGGCAAGUUUUACGUUCAUUCACUUCGCAGCAAUAACGCGAAGCUUUAGUGUGUCGCUAAUCACUUGUAAGGCAUGUAAUUUACUGCUUCUUUUUUGCUCCUAAGCCGGCGUAUCAAUAAGGAAUGGGCUUUUACGGAAGGUUUUUACUUGGUAACACUUGCUCUAUUGGUGGUAAUAGCGGGAUACGCAUGAGAAGAAACCGUGCGAAACAAAGCAAAAUGCAGAAGUGAAGGAAAAAGCAUGCAACACAUCCUUCUUUUUUUUUUCGUUUACUUGCACGUUUGAUCUCGUUUGCGUUACUCCCAAUAAGUAACAUCAUCAGCGAUCGACGAUCCUCUUUUUCAGCAAAAUGAACAAUCAUAUAUUUAUUUUCUUUUUUUUUUAAGUAGUUGACCAAGAAGGUUGUAAGUGCCGAGCUGUUCAAUGAAAUUAGUUCUCGUUCUGCUUCGACAUGAGAAUAAUUGCGUGACAGUACUGUCCACCAAGGACAGGCCGAACGUUCGUGUGCUCUCAGUUGUGAAGACUUUAAUAAGGUAUACCGGCUGUUGCGAAAAAUAAGUAUCUGCUUAUCGCUUCAGUGGAAAAAAAAAGAAAUAAUAUAAGUGGACUGAACGCUCUCAGAAACGGUGGCUAUGUCGUGAAAAGUGCGCGAGUGUAAUGCAUCCUGCCCAGCCGGUUUGGAGUAAGACAUUGCACCCCGUGUAACUUUUGUCGCAUGCUUCUCUUACGUCAGUGUGUUAAAUAAAGCCAUACAAGUGUUCUCUUAUGUGCUUCUUUACAUGACCCUGUAUUCAAAAACUGCUUCCGCGUUAAAGGUAUACGUGCCAUGUUAUAUAUUGCUGCAAAAUUACCAUGUUCAUUGUUACCGCUUUCUCGAUUGUGAAGAAAUAAAAUUUGUUUGCCAAAUG